ACAGAAAUCAGCUAUCUCUACUCAACUCCACUGAUCACUGAUCCAGAAUGAAAGAAGAGAAAUGUCACUAUGGUGUGUGAGUCAUAGUGAUGUGCGCAGUGUUAUAUAAAUACAUAAUGUUUAUGUUGUUAUUAAUAAAUAUAUUGUUUAUCUACAGGUGAGAUUUUAGUGACAUAAUAUGAACAUCAUGAUUGAAAUGGAGCAAGAGACGGUUUAUGGAACCCAUGAAGAUUCUCAUGUUGUUAUGUCAGAAAAGGUUCAAUCCUUGGCUGGCAGUAUUUACCAGGAAUUUGAAAAAAUGAUUGGUAAAUAUGAUGAAGAUGUGGUAAAAGAUUUAAUGCCCCUAGUGGUAAAUGUUUUAGAAUGUUUAGACCUGUCUUAUACAGAAAAUCAGGAACAUGAAGUUGAACUAGAACUACUUAGGGAAGACAACGAACAGCUUGUAACUCAGUAUGAAAGGGAGAAGCAACUGAGGAAAACUUCUGAACAGAAACUGCUAGAAGUAGAAGAUGCUGUUGAGGAUGAGAGGAAAGACCUUAUAGGAAAAAUUGAAAGUCUAGAAUCAAUUGUUCGAAUGCUGGAACUUAAAGCCAAAAAUUCAUCAGAUCAUGUGUAUAGGCUAGAAGAGAAAGAGCAAGAAAUGAAGAAAGAAUAUUCAAAAUUGCAUGAACGCUAUACGGAGCUGUUUAAGACCCAUAUGGACUAUAUGGAGAGGACGAAAAUUAUAAUGGGCAACUCGGAUAGAAUGGAAGGACCUGGGAGAGGGCGGUUAGGGAACCUUGGACUCUCUCAACUCAAUAGGUCAACAGGUCCAGUUUCGUUUGGGUUCCAGUCUCUGGAGCAAAGCUCGAACUCGUUCCGUCCAGCAGGGAGUCCCAGCGAGUUCACUGGUAUCCCAGCAUCACCACCUGACAGUAACCAUUCACUUACCAGUCUCAAGAAUGAGUUGCAACCACAGGAGAUGGAAGAAGAGCCCUCAGUACGAGAUAUUUCAGAAAAGGGCUGGUCUGAAACAUUAAGUCCUGUGUCCAAAGAUGCUAGUCCUGUCCAAGAUCUCUCAGAGGAAACUGCGCCUCCUCCCCCUCCCAUUGUUACCACUCCAGUUGGCAGAAGUCACACGAAGAGAGAAACGCGUAGCGGGAACACUCUCUACCAGGAGCUCAGUUUCCAAGACGCUGAAGCCCUGGGAGAGAUGGACGAGGGAGCAGAUAUUACAGGGAGUUGGGUGCAUCCUGGUGAAUAUGCUUCAUCGGAUAGCGAAGAUGAGCCUGAGAAUAAAACCAUGGUUAACGACAAUUUCUUUGGAAUGGGAAAAGAAGUUGAAAAUCUUAUCAUGGAGAACAAUGAGCUGCUUGCUACCAAGAAUGCCUUAAACAUUGUCAAGGAUGACUUGAUAAUCAAAGUGGAUGAACUUACAAGUGAGCAAGAGAUUCUAAGGGAAGACUUAAAGUCAUUACAAACCCUGAAAAAUAGACUGAGGCAGAAAGUAACAGAACUUGAGGAAGAGCUUAAGAAGACAAAAGAGGAAGCUGAAAAGCUGGCAAAGUCUAGCAAGUCAGACGAUGAGGAGGAUGUCCCUAUGGCACAACGCAAGAGAUUCACUCGUGUUGAGAUGGCACGAGUACUGAUGGAGAGAAAUCAGUAUAAAGAACGGUUCAUGGAACUCCAAGAAGCGGUCAGAUGGACUGAAAUGAUAAGGGCAUCGAGAAAUGACCCGAAUUUAGAUAAGAAAAACAAACAAGGUGUUUGGAAAUUUUUCAGUAACCUAUUCAGUCCCAAUGAGAGAGGCGGGAUUGCUCACCGAAAGCCCCUGCCAUACGGCAAUAUUCGCUAUAACGCACCAACACAUCACAUAAGUCCUGCUUUGGAUACAAUGCGCAAACGCUCCAUGAGUGAUCGGAAACGAGGACUUGAUCUCAUAGACUCAGGAGACCUGUGCAGUGAAAAAGUGGCAGCACGACGAGCUACUGAGCGCAAAGAACAGUAUCGUCAAGUCAGAGCCCAUGUGAGGAAGGAUGACGGCAGACUGCAGGCUUAUGGCUGGUCUCUGCCUGCCAAGGCACCGACCCGCUCCAUCAUGCCACCCCCAGGUUCCUCUGCACCCCAGGUCCCUGUGCCGGUUCCAGUUUACUGCCGUCCACUUGCUGAGAGAGAGCCAGGCAUGAAGAUGUGUGAUGAUUUGCAGAUCUGGUGUGCGACGGGGGUGAACCUGGCAGGAGGCCGUACACGUGACGGGGGCAGUAUCGUGGGUGCUAGUGUGUUCUACUCGGACACAGACAGAGAGGAUGGGAUGGAGGAGAAAGGGGAAGAGGAUAGUCCCGAGAAGGAAGUGAGCCCGGUAGACCAACUGGACAGGGAGCUCAAGGAGGGUGAGAGACAGAGGCAGGAGAGCGAACAGGUCCUGUCGUCCCUGGUGUGGAUCUGUACUAGCACUCACUCUGUCAGUCGAGUGACUGUCAUAGAUGCCAACAACCCAGCCGAUAUCCUGGAGUCUUUCAAUGUCUGCCAGUCAUACCUCUUGUGUAUAGCCAGCGUUCCAGGUGCCUUGCCGAGUGACUACUUGAGCACAGAGGAGCCCGACAACCGCAGUGUGGAGGUGCCAGUAACACCAGUUAACCCGGAGCAGCCGGAUACAGUGGAAGGAGAUGGGGAAGAAAAAGGAGAGCCAGCCGAGCCAAAAAUUGGACAAAUUACAUUUGUCAGUUGUGCAACAGGCAGCGAGGAUGCUAACUCUCUGCCACCCGUCAACUCUAACAAUUCACCCCACCUAUCUCAAGACAACAUUAACUCUGAUCCAGUAACUCCUCAACAUCAGCUAAUGAAUGAUCUGAAGGAUGGAUACUUGAAAGAUGGUUUAGCUCCAACGUUCAUAGAAGAGAGUGAUGUCUCACCGACCCCAUCACGUCGACUGCUGAAAGACCUUAAGGAGGGAAUACUCAAGGACGGGAUUGCAAACUCACCUAAAGAAAAUGGGUUGGCCAAUGAGGAGCUGGAGAAGAUGUCCAGUGUCCUACCGACAGUGUGGCUUGGCUCACAGAAUGGUUCUGUAUUCGUCCACUCGGCUGUCUCCCAGUGGCGCCGCUGUCUACACUCUAUAAAGCUCAAAGACUCGGUCCUCAGCAUUGUACAUGUGAGCGGACGGGUAUUGUGUGCACUGGCAGACGGGACUGUGGCAGUGUUCCGGAGAGGUCUGGAUGGUCAGUGGGACCUUAGCAAGUACCACCUGGUGAACCUCGGACCUCCGCAGUAUUCCAUCCGGUGCCUCAUCUCUGUCCACAACAAAGUCUGGUGCGGCUACAAGAACAGGAUCCAUGUCCUUGAUCCCAAGACCAUGGUGGUUCAGGCUUCUAUUGAUGCUCAUCCACGCAAGGAGAGUCAGGUGAGACAGAUGGCAUGGGUGGGCGAUGGUGUGUGGGUGUCUAUCCGUCUAGACUCCACACUCCGACUGUACCAUGCCCACACGUACCAGCAUUUGCAGGAUGUGGACAUUGAGCCUUAUGUCAGCAAGAUGCUUGGCACAGGAAAGUUGGGAUUUUCAUUUGUGAGGAUAACGGCUCUUCUGAUUUCCUCCAACCGGCUGUGGAUUGGGACUGGUAAUGGCGUCAUCAUCUCCGUGCCUCUCUCAGAGAGUGCUUGUGGUGGAGCAGGAAGUGGAGCGGGGAGUGGGAACAGCCUGCGGAUGCCAGGAGGGGUGGUGAGAGUGUUUGCAGACUCUGUCACAUCACAACUGACUCCUGGUAGCUUCAUCCCGUACUGCUCCAUGGCCCAGGCACAGCUUUCUUUCCAUGGUCACAGAGACGCUGUCAAGUUCUUUGUUGCAGUACCAGUGAAAGGCUGUGGCGGACUGUCCGCUGCUACCAGUCAGGUGCCUGAAGCUCCUACUGUGGCGGACCACCCUUCCGACAGGGACAAGCCUCUGUCUAUGCUGGUCAUGUCAGGAGGAGAGGGCUACAUCGACUUUAGAAUUGGUGACGGUGAGGAAGGGGAGGAGGAGGGUGGGGAGGAUACACAGCAACAUCUCGUCAGCCUCAAGGGAGAGAAGAGCCAUCUGAUUGUUUGGCAGGUCACUCUUCCUCACUGAACUUGCCUGUGAUACUCACCAGUGGCUGCUUGCUUCACCAUCAAGACAGUGUAAUACUCACAAAUAUCUUGUACUCGUUUACCAUAUUUAGUUAGUUUUAGUAUUUAUUUAACAAUCAGUCAUGAAUCAACCGAUGUAGUAAACUCGUGCAUGAAAAUAUUUUCCGCCAAGAUCUAAUGUUUUUAUAUAACACUUGUGAUAAAAAUUUAAAUUAUCUGUUGUUUUGUAGAUUCAAACCGAUCAAACUGUUUCAAAGUUUUAAGAUAGCAACAGAAGUUAAAUUAAUUUUGACAUCGGUUUUAAUAUGUUUUGUGUGUUGUUUUAAUAAUAGUUUGUGAAAAUUGUAAAUAUUUUAAGAUUUUUAUUACGUCUGUACACAGAUAGGUUUGUAAGUAACAUUUGCACCUUAAAAAUGUUUUCUUUGUUUAAAAUGUUUUAUAUUUGUUAUUUAAAUAGUAUGAAUGAUUAUUUUUGUUGGUACUCAAGCUUUUUGUGAAUAUACAAUUAAUUUGUAUAUUUGCACAUUAUUUAUUUGUUUUAUAAUUAAUUCAGGGUCUUGUAUACAUGUAGUUAAUUUAUAUGUUCCAAUUUUAAUAAUUAAUUUGUAUUUAAAAUUUUAUCCUGGACUAAUGUAGCUUCGUAGCUGUAGAAAUUAAAUUUAAAACCCAUUUAAUUGUAAAUGUGGAUUUUUGUUAUUUAAAAACACAGUUAAUAAAAAAUGAAAAAAUGUUGAUCAAAUAAUAAACUUUAAUAAUAACUGUGCUUCUCAUGAGAUGAGAUUUUAUGUAUUUUUAUGUACAUAUUGUAAUAGAAGUAACACUUUCCUCAGAACAUAAUAUAAAACCUGUUUGUACUCAUAUUGAUGAAGCAUAAUGUGAUGGAAUAUUUUAGUAUAAACCAGUAACUCAGCCUACAGUAAAAAUUUAUCUGUCUGUAAAGAGUAACAAUAUUGUAUAUUAAAUGUUCAUCGUAAAGUGCAUAUUGUCCAUCUACGGUUUGAAGCUUUAUGUUGUCGUGAUAAAUCAUAAAUGCAUUCAGUAUGCUCAACUAGGUAGAUCACUCACAAUCUUUGUAACAAAAUUGAUAUUUAUACCUACCAAGAUUAAACCAUUUUAAUUAAUUAAUUGUGAUAUCAUGUACCUUGCUUGGUAUGAUUUUUAGGAUUCGCCAAAGACAUUUGUUUUGUUUACAUUACUGUAAGCCCUCUCAUAUUUAGAGUGAAAAAAUAAAAGAAUUUUUAACUUU